UCCAUUACUAUAAAACCUUCCUCUAUCGCCGCCGCUACAACCGGAUAUAGCCACCGUGAUCACGACUUUAAUAUAACCACCGUCGUGCCAUAUAUACAUAUACCUUUUGAGAUCUUCCCAUUCAUUUAUUUAUAUAUAAAGGUCAUAUAUAUACUAAAAUUAUCCUUCUUAAUAUAUACUCCUAAGGAAAUGUGUCUUUUUCGACCCGUAUCGAAAACCCAUUCUUCCUCUUCUUCGUCAAUUAUCUCGACCCGUAUGAUAAAUUGCAUACUACUAUCUGUUUUGAUUUCCUCGGUCUACUUCCUCGCGUCGGUCUCGGUAUCAAGGCUUCAAUCUAAAGACUCCAUUAAUGCCUACUUCUCAUCUUCUCAAGAUCAACCUUCUCAAGUUAGCUUAACAAAGAUUGAUCACAUCGUCUUUGGGAUCGGCUCGAGCAAGAAAUCUUGGCUUGCACGUAGAGACUACGUUAAGCUCUGGUGGGAUGCUCAGAGAAUGAGAGGCUGCGUCUUUGUUGACCAGCCAUUGUCCUCGUCUGAGAACCACACAGAUUCUGAUCUUCUUCCUCCAGUUUGUGUUUCCCAAGAUACUUCCCGGUUCAGGUACACUUGGAGAGGCGGUGACAGAAACGCAAUUCGAAUCGCACGGUGCGUUUUAGAAACCGUAAGGAUGUUCAACACCUCCUCGGAGGAGGUAAGAUGGUAUGUAUUUGGAGACGACGACACGAUAUUCAUCCCGGAAAAUCUUGCAAGAACGCUCUCCAAAUACGACCACACAUCAUGGUAUUACAUCGGAGCAAGCUCAGAAAUUUAUUACCAGAACUCGAUGUUCGGACACGACAUGGCGUUUGGCGGUGGAGGGUUCGCUUUAAGCAGCUCGUUGGCUAACAUCUUAGCUAAGAAUUUGGAUUCUUGUAUCGAACGGUAUCCGCAUUUGUACGGAGGUGACUCUAGGAUUCAUGCUUGUGUUCUUGAGCUCGGAGUUGGGUUGUCUUAUGAGCCUGGCUUCCAUCAGCAGUUUGAUGUGAGAGGAAAUGCAUUGGGAAUAUUGAUGUCACAUUCAACGCGACCAUUGGUGUCUCUACACCACUUGGCCCACAUAAACCCAAUUUUCCCAAACUCAACCACUUUUUCCGCCGUCCGCCACCUCUUCUCCGCCGUAGAACUUGAUCCUCUCCGUAUAUUUCAACUCUCCGUUUGCUACGACCGUUGGUACUCUUGGACCAUCUCUGUCUCUUGGGGCUAUGCUGUUCAGAUUGAGGGUAGGCAUUUGUUUCUACGGGAUGUUUUGCCAACACAAAAAACGUUCCGACCAUGGCAACAUUCCGGCGGAUUAUCAAGUGUGUACACAUUCAACACAAGAGAUAUUCAUCAUGAUCCUUGCCAAAGACCUGUAACUUUCUUCAUGGAACAUGUUUCUUCUACUAAGGAUGAUGGGACUAUUCAAAGUGUGUAUAAGCAAGCUUAUGAGAACUGCACGUACGAUCCCAUUUCAUCACCUCGAAAAAUCCAAGAGAUUAGAGUGUUUUCAAGAAGAUUCGAUCCCGAUAUCAGACAAUUGAAGGCUCCCAGAAGACAAUGUUGUGAUAUUUUACCUACUUCUUCCAAUGGUGGAAAUAUAAUGGAAAUUGGAAUUCGAGAGUGCAAAGAGGAUGAACUCAUCUAUAUACAUCCCUAGUAGCAACAUAACUAAUUAUAUCAUACCUUUUUUUUUUAUAUAUUGCCAUACCUUUGCAAACUAGUUUUUUGUUUUACAUUUUAAUUAUUUGGUAUACUAAAUAUUAAACUCUUAAUUGGCUUGUUGCCUUUCAACUUUUGAGAUUUGUAGUAAAUAGUUUUAUGAGAGAUAUCUAUCGAAAUGAAGCUUUGAA